AUAUAUGUAAAUGUUAUAGCACGAGUAUGCUCAUUACAUUUUGAUUCAUCUGAUUAUGAAAAACCAUUGAUCCAAAGAAUGUUAGAAUAUUCUCCUAAACAUCAACGAAAACUUAAACCCAAUGCUGUACCAUCAAAAAAUUUGCCCAGAAUUCAAAAACCAACAAUUCAAUAUAAGCCUGUAAAUACACAUACACCACACUCCAUACAUGAUAGUUUAUUCCAAUCUAGUUUUCAAAGUUCUAAAGCACCUAAAGAAAAAAUUGAUCCAUUUACUUCAAAUUAUAAAAAUAAUUGUUUAAAUGAUCUACCUGAUUUUGGAGUACAAUUAUUAAGUGAAACACAAGAUGUUGGUAUUCAGUGUGAAAUAGGAAUGGUGUAUAGACUUCCAGUGGAAAGAACUGAUGUUAGUACACAGUGUGGUGAUAACUUGAAUGAAGUUGAGAAGUAUGAAAAAAAUACAAAUAAUUAUUAA